ACAGACGCUCAGUUCUUGUUUGUUCGCCACUGAGACGAGAAGCAUAGCAUGUGUCCAUCAGUUCACAGCCACGUACACGCAUAUUUGUUGCAUUUUCAAUCUUACCAUAAACAAUAUUCAUACGGUUACCGUUAGAAAUCACGAAACUAUCAUAGCACCGAUUGAAUCUCAUAUAACUAUUUGAAAUCAAUAUAAAUAUAUUGCUCUUAUUUUUUUCACCAUCAUAAAAAAAUAAAAAUAAUAAUUUAAUCAGUUCGGUUGGUGGUAUAAUAAUUUAAAAGUUAACAGUUGUGAAUUUAAGCGUUAUGAUAUUUUCAUGGAUAUUUAAGUGGUUGAUGCUUGGCUGGUGAAGUGAUUGAUGGAUUGAUUUGGUAAUUUUUCACAGUUCCAAAGGAUUCUUGUACUUAGAGAUCUUCUUUACUCUGGACUACAAUAACUAAGCUCUACAACUUUAAAUAAAACUAGUAGUUUGCUGAAAGGUAUUUAAAGUUACUUGGUUGGUUUUAUAAUAACAGUAAGCGAGAGUAAGACAAAGUUGUAGACAAGCGAAAGGAAUAAAACGAAGAGAGAAAAAGUCCAUUAGGUAAAGAAAAAUAGAAGGACUGUGGCAAGCGACCAACCAGAGCGAGGUAGCACCAAGAAGCAGGGCGGUGGAAAGAGAUUGUGAAGUAAAGAGAGAAUAAGAACCAAAGGGAAGACAAGUUGGACGACUUUGGAUUACCAACAACGACAACGACCAACACGAAAAGACGACGACCUGCCUGAGCUACUCAUACAGCUAAGAACAUCAGCUUCUAAGGGUCGUCCAACAUCCAAUCAGCCAAUAAUAUUAUUUUAACAUUUUCUUCAGUUCAUUUAUUCAAAAGCCAGUACACUAACAGAUAAUACAUCAGUUUUUAAUUUUCUGACUAUCUGUACAAACAAAAAACUAUUAAAAUGUCUGUCAUAUUUCCAACUCUUACCAAUGACGAUGAGAGUACUCUUGUCAGCAGAUACGAAGUUCCAAUAAUUAAUUUUGACUGCUUGAACAGUAAUACACCGAAGGGAAUCCACACUAAACAAGUUUCUACAAAACUUGUACGAGCUUUAGCCAAAAAAGGAUUUGCUAUUAUUGUUAAUCAUGGUGUUUCUCUCAGAAAGACAAAGACUGUGUACCAAGCAUUAGAUGAUUUUUGUGGAUUACCAGAAAAGUCUCGUGCCAAAUGUGAAUGUGUUGCACCUUCUCAAAGUGGAUACAUAAAGACCGAAGAGGGACCAUCAUUGAGAGAAACGGAAUCCAGACACGAGUUCAUACUUUCCGGAAAAGAUACAAUCCUACCAGAUGAUGAACUUCCAACUUUCCGCGAUUCAGUGGAUAAUCUUGUGGAAGACUUCAAAGUACUUACAACAAGACUUCUCAUCGCUAUCGCAGUAGGAUUGGGUCAAGCGCCGGAUUACUUUUUGAGCAAGCAUACCAAUCUUCUUAAUUCCGGCAAUGAUUCCUCAUUCCGAAUGAUUUGCUACUCACCUACAUACUCGAUGAAGGGUGGGGAGAUGCGCUUUGGGCCAAGCUCUGAAACUGGGACCUUUUCAUUUUUUAUUUCGGAUUGUGAAAGUGGCUUUGAAGUUAAGUCAAUUUAUAGUGAUCGUUGGUCACGUGUAGGAUACUUUCCUGGAGGUAUUCUCGUUUGUGCUGGCGAUACUUUGGCUAAAUGGACCAAUCAACAGAUGGUAUCAUUGAAACAUCGCGUAGUUGUUCCCGAACACUGUCCACGAAGCCGCCAUACUCUUGGAUUUUGCGUUGAACCCGAUGAGAAGACCGAGGUUGAAACAUUGGACACAUCGAUCUUGAACCCACCUCAAGAACCGGUGCUUUGUCGUCUUCAGAAAAAAAAACGUGGCGUUUUGUCGGCGUAUCAUCAUCUUCAACGUCGAUUUCGUGAAGCUUAUGCUUCUUAAUAAUAAUUGAAAUUACAAUAAUUCCCUGGCGUGUUACUUACAAUUUUAAAUAACUAUCACGUUUAUUUCAACAAGGGAUUGCGACAAAGAACUCACUUAUUAUUAUUAUUCUUUCGACUCUUAAAGCUGUAUUGUCAAUAUCUGAUUGUGUAGCUAAAGAGUUUUUAUUACUGCGAUUAAUAAUAAAUAGCAAUCGCAAUAGACUGAAUAGUAUAAAUUUAAUAAUCCUGCGAAUGGAUUUCUUCUUUUUUUUCUAGACUUUCGUGGUCUUUCGAUUAAAUAAUAAUGAUAAUUAAUAAUUUUAAUGCAUUUAAAAAUGUUGGAUUCCGUACUAUUGAUGAUUAUUUUUCAGUAUCAAUUAGAUGAUAAUAUUGUUGAUAUAAUUAAUUUUUUUCUUUCAAUUGAAAUAGAGAUAAACGAGACCAUGAAAAAUAUAACAGAGUCGAGGAAACCGAUUCAUUGAACCGUCCAAUAAUAUCUCGUAAA